UUUCCUCUCUGCAGUGCAGUUCCUCUUCUUUUUCCUUCCAUUGCGUGGGGGACCUUCUAAAGUUUCCAUUCUCCAAUGGCUUCUUCAAAGGAAUGGGCAAACUACAUCUCCUCCAUUGCUUCUUUUAUGUAUUUCCUUCUUAUUAUCUUCCAAAUCCCUCUUUUCAGGGUACCAUGUAGAUUUGGAAUGUGCAAAACACCCGUUGAGGUAACAACCUCUCAGUUGAUGGCCAGUGAACUCUUCCCUACAUAUGUAGUUAAGGUCCUUCUAUAUCCAGGGGCUGUUGCCAAUGCUAUCAUCAAAAGAAGGACUCUUCCAAGGUAUAGCAAAUUGCUGAAAUUAUAUAACAUCAGUGCUUUGAGGAAAUCUACUGCUGUAUCUGAUCUCCAGCGCCUAGAGAUUCUUGCCGGAAGCUACUUGUCUGUGGUGGGAGCUUUUAUAGGUCUCUCAAGGCGUGCAAGAAUGAGCCUUUUUGGGACAAUGCUUAUAAUAUGGAGUCUUGUCAGAGAGAUCGUUCUGGGACAAUUUCAUAACAUGUUCCCCACAAAAUCUAUUCAAAUGUACCCAACAUUGAUACUUGCUGUUGUUUGUGCUUUUUUGUCAAUUAAAAAGGAUGUAAGAAAACUAAUCCAUAGUCCCAGAGCAAGGCGAGUCAAAUUGUCGUGAAAGGUAUAUGGAAUCAUCGGUGGAGUAUGCAACUGCGAUAUUGCAAAAUUUGGUGGUAUACUGUUUUGAAACCAAAAGCAAACAAUUAGCCCACCACUGGAAAAGGGAAGGAAGAACAUCAGAGAUGUAUUUUCAGAGCAGCUUUGAGACCUAGUACAAUUUUUUAUUAGCUUCUUUCCUUUUCUGUAUUAAAGCAAAAAGGAUUUAUUAUAUUUAAUGCUCAUUGUUGUAUUUGAUAACUUCAUCAACAUUUGUUCUCUAAAAUUGCAGCGUUUCUGUCAAAAAGUUGCAGCUGAGAAAAUAACAUGUCACACACAUCAUCAAUAGAAUCAACCCUGUGUUCGAGCUAGUGUACCAAUUGGUAUGCCUUUAGUAAAUUAAAGUAACAUUGUUCCA